UUUUAUGUUCAUCAAAGCUAGGAACAAACAGCUGCAUUGUCCAUUAAUGGCGCUCAGUAAACCUGAAACGCCGUCGUUUCGUUAAGUCUCGGAACUUCGAGUUAAUUGGAUUGAGAGGAAGAAGGCGAAGGAGAAGGAGAAGUUGAAGAAGAUGAGCUGGAGAAGAGUGUUGAAGUCCGUACAGCCUGUGCUUGCACAUGGCCUUCUCUUCACUUUCACGCUAUUGCUUGUUCUCAAACUCGAUCACGUCGUUUCUUACUCCUGGUGAGAGUUUCAAGCUGUGCACGUGUGGGUCAGAUUGGAGGAGGAUUCAGCCAUCAAAUAUAUAUUAUGAUAUAGCCAUCAGAAUGAGCCUGUGUACAUAUAAGUUUUGGAGGAUGGUGUUCUUUCCCAUUUGGAUAUUUCAUGCAGUUGCUGCUCGAGGAAGAUUCUCAUUACCUGCUCCAUCAGUUCCACAUAAUCGUCAUUGGGCUCCUUGCCAUUCCAUUGUUGCAACACCAUUGCUUAUUGCAUUUGAACUGCUCCUUUGUAUAUAUCUUGAGAGUGUAUAUGUUCAAGGUAUGCCAGCUGUCAAUUUGAAGAUUGUCUUUCUUCCCCUUUUGGCAUUUGAAAUGAUUGUCCUAAUAGAUAAUUUAAGAAUGUGUAGAGCUCUUAUGCCAGGAGAUGAAGAAAGGAUGAAUGAUGAAGCAAUAUGGGAGGCACUGCCUCACUUUUGGGUUGCAAUUUCCAUGGUCUUCUUUGUAGCUGCUACAGUCUUAACCCUCCUAAAGCUAUGCGGUUAUAUAGGUGCUCUUGGCUGGUGGGACUUGUUUAUAAAUUUUGGAAUUGCAGAAUGCUUUGCUUUUCUUGUCUGUACAAAGUGGUCUAAUCCUGUAAUUCAUCGAAAUCGUCGCACAGUACAAUCUAGCUCAUCUUCUAUGACGAUUAGAUAUCUUGACUGGAAUAGUGGCUUAGUAGUUGCUCCAGAUGAAGAUCAGAACCAGGAUAGACUGUGUGGCCUGUCAGAUAUCGGUGGCCACAUUAUGAAAAUUCCAAUAAUAGGAUUUCAGAUCCUCCUUUGUAUGCGUUUAGAGGGUACACCUGCCGGUGCUAGAGAUAUACCACUUCCGAUCCUUUUCUCUCCACUUUUCCUGCUGCAAGGUGCUGGUGUCCUAUUUGCUGCAUCUAGAUUGGUUGAGAAAAUUGUACUUUUAUUACGAAGUGGAGCUGGCACAGGAAUAUAUUUUAGAUUUUCUGCAAGAGCUCAUGAUUGCUUGGGGUUCUUGCACCAUGGUUCCAGAUUAUUGGGUUGGUGGUCAAUUGAUGAAGGAAGUCGAGAAGAACAUGCUCGACUUGUCCAUGAGAGUGCUUCUGGGUAUAACACUUUCUGUGGUUAUCCACCUGAAAUAGUGAAGAAAAUGCCCAAAAAGGAUCUUGCUGAAGAGGUAUGGAGACUCCAAGCAGCACUUGGUGAGCAGACAGAGAUCACGAAAUAUAGCCAGCGGGAGUUUGAAAGACUUCAAAAUGAAAAAGUGUUAUGUCGAGUUUGCUUUCAGGCAGAGAUAAACGUAGUUUUGCUUCCAUGUAGGCAUCGCAUCCUUUGUAGCACCUGCUGUGAUAGAUGUAAAAAAUGCCCGAUUUGCCGUGUCACUAUUGAGGAGCGGUUGCCUGUAUAUGAUGUUUAAUUUCUAACUAUUUUGAACUACUGGACAGCAGGGAGGAGAUCAAACAACACCAUCAGGAAAAAUGGUUCUACAGUUUUUACUGAAAUUUUUAUUCUAGUAGUGUUUGUGUUUGUUUAAUUCUGACAUAAAGCUAACUACAGGAGAUAUAGAGAAUGCAGGCACCAUGAUUUACAUGAUUAGUUUCUAUCUUUUUCUCAGUUUGUAUUUUUUAGAAAUUGUAAAUAUAUAAUGUUUUGUCAAUUGAAGUUGUAAUUGUUAGCUUGAAAAUUUGCUCGGUGUUUACUGUUAACAGAAGAUAAAGAAAUAAUGGUUUGAAUUAGAAAUAAAGGGAAACUUUAUCUGGAUUGAUCGGAUAGGUAAA